AUGAGGGAACUUGACGCCCUGAUCUCAGAAUACUGCCAUGAAAAACAACGCCUUCGGGAGUCGGAGGCGUUCUUGAUCCUGCGCAAAGUUGCCUCCAUGGUCAAGCCAAUCAUGCUACAGCGCGUAUGGAGAGUGGGCGCCUUGUGUGAGUUCUAUCCGCGCCAGAAAAACCUGGUGGGGCUGAAGGAGUGCAACGGGGGAUUGAUCGAUACUUAA